GUGUGUGCGCGUGUGUGUGUGUAUAGAUACAUAUAAAAAUGACUACUGUCCAUUAUACCUACUUUUCCUUCUGUUUUAUCAGUUCGAAUAAGAAUUUCUAGUUAGUUAGCUGUUAGUUAGUUUUUCAAAGGAGAAAGGAAGCAAUUAAAUAUAAAAAAAAUUACAUUGUAUAAAGAUUAGAAGGACUCAAAAUCAUUAUGGUAUUGUGUGAUUAAAUCGUUUAUAAACAUUUCACUGGUGGUAAUCAACUAUCACAAAAUUAUCAAACGUUGAAAAAAAAACAAUUUCAAUUAGUUCACAUUUGUAAAUUAUUUAUUCAUUCCAUUCCACGUGUAUAUAUAUAUAUAUAUUAAAAAAAAAUUUGUUUUACUUAUUAACAAAUAUACAUGCAUAUAUAACAUUAUUGUAUAGUUUAAAACAAACAAUCGUUAAAUUGGACAUUGUACUUUACAUCGAAGUUAUUCUAAAGGAAUUAUUACCUGAUCAAGUAGAUUUAAAAAAUACGUUUAAAAAUGAAUAUUACAGAUAUGCAAUCGUCGAAAUCAGAAUGGAAUAAUGACUGUACAACUGGAUAUCUACCUCAAGAACACAUGGAUGACAACAGUCAGUCGAAAACACUAUUAGAUAUGACAUCAACUUAUGAUCAAUUACAAAAUCCAAAUAAAAAGUCGAAGUUAACUUCUUAUUCAUAUGAAAAGACAACACUACUGCAUAACUCGACUUCCUCCUCCUCUUCAUCACCAUCAUUAUCUUUUAAUCGACCAAAAUCCUCAUCACCAUCCCAUGAAGAUUCAAAUUACCUCAUGUUAAAUGAACUGAUGAAUUCCAGUGAUCAUUUCAUUCAAACUACAACAACGAAAACAACAUCAAUAAAUGAUGCCAGUAAAAAUUUAAACCAAACAAAUAUACUACUGAAUAAUAAUAACUCAGAAAAUACUUCAGCUAUUCAUAUUUCUAAUCAAGAAGAAGAUAAUGAAAAUACAAAUGAUACAGUAGACGAAGACGAUGAUGAUGACGACGGUGAUCAUGAUGGAGAUGGUGACGGAGAUGUUGAUGUAUGCUGUUAUAAUCCAUCAUCUAUGGUAAUAUCAGAUAAAUCUUAUUCUCAAAUGUCAUCAUUUAAGCAAACAAACGAUCAAUGUUCAAUUAACGCCACCACCAAUAAUAAUAAUAAUAACAAUUAUGAAAGCAGAGAAAAUGAUACAUAUUUAAACGAAAUUAAUAAUAAUAAUAAUAAUAAUAGUAAUAAUAUGAAAGAUGUUUGUUUAAUAAAUCAUGAAUCGACAGAUAUGAUACCAUUAGUUAAAAAACAAAGAUAUUCUUCACCGAAUGAUUUGAACACACUGAAUGCGUUAAACGAACAUGAAUCAGAACAGUUUUCAUCAAAUACAAGAAUACCUACAUCAGUAUCACAAGGAAUAUUGAAUCCUUUGGAUAAAUCAUCAUCAUUUCAACGCAUAGAAUAUGGCAUCAAUCAAGCCUUAUCGUCAAAUGAAAAUAUACCGACACAGAAUGAUUUUAGAACGAACGAAUCCAAUGAAAGCAUUCAAUUAAAUAAUAAUCACAGUGACUAUAAAUUUAAAGAAUUUCAAUCAAGUUUCGAAUAUCCCAGUCAGUAUACUCUGAAUUAUCCAAAUAUUCAUACUAGUACUACCAUAAAUAAUAAUAGUGGUACUGUUACAGGCGAUCACCACCGCCAUCAUCAUCAUCAUCACCACCAGUCGCAUUAUCCUUUAAACAGCCCACAUCUUCAUCACCAGCAUCCCCAUCUCCAAGAGGAACAACAUCGACAGCAAAUUAAAGACUAUUCAUCAUGCUCUACAUCAUCACCAUUACAAAAUUAUUUUUCAUCCUCAUUACCCUUUGAACACUUGUCACGUUAUUCAGACUAUAAUAACAACAGUACUAACAAUACUAGUAAUAAUAAUAUAGGUUUUAUUAAAGAAUCUAAUCGUCUCAAUUUAAAUAGUGCGCAAAAUGAAUUAAUCAAUCAUUCAAUGUUAAAUAAAGAUAUUGAACAUUUACGUAAAUCAAUCAUGAAUAAAACUAUCCCUCCAUUGAAUAAUAUUAAUGAUAACUAUAGUACUGAGAAAUUGUUAACAUUUAAUCAAAAUUUAAACAAUACUACAACUAAUAAUAAUAAUACACCCAAACAUACUCCUCAUUUGAGUAGUAUACCAACUACAACAACUAAUGAACAUUUAUUAAAUAAUCGACAUAUAGAACCGCCGUUUGCGUCAGUUAUUUCAAAUAAUUUGAAUGAAAAUAUAAUUCCAAGAUUAGUUUCACAUUCAAUUGUUACACCGCUUCAAUCGAAUCAUUCGUCUUCAAGAACAAUACCACCGUCAUAUCCAAGAAAUAUCAAUGAAUGUACAGAAAAUCUAUCAAGAUUAGGACAUUUAAAUUGGGCAUCAAAUAAUAGUACCAACAAUACUACUACUAAUAAUUCAUCCCAUCCGUAUAAUCGAGGACAAACAGGAUAUUCAACAGAAUUCACAAAUACAACAAGACGUAGAAAUGCUACAAAAGAGAGUACAACAACACUGAAAGCAUGGCUACAAGAGCAUAUAAAAAAUCCUUAUCCAACUAAAGGUGAAAAGAUAAUGCUUGCCAUAAUAACAAAAAUGACACUAACACAAGUAUCAACAUGGUUUGCAAAUGCUAGAAGACGUUUAAAAAAAGAAAAUAAAAUGACAUGGACACCUAAACACAGAGGUGAAGAACAAGCAGAUGAUGAUGAUGAUGGAGACGAUGAUGAGGAUGAUGAGGAUGGUGACGAAGAUGAUAUGGAUGAUGCCGGUGAUGAUGCUGAUGCUAAUGGUCAUGUUGAUGAUAAUGAAGAAGGCGGUGGUGAUGGUGAAGUAGACAAUCGUCGUGUUAACCAUCGUCAUCGUGAUGACAGACAUAGAAAAGACGGCAAGCAUAGAAAUGUGGAUAAUAAUAACCUCGGUGACAAUGAUCAGGAAGAUGAAAUGACUGGAUCUGAUGAAGAAUUGAACAUUAUGGAAUUAGCCUCCAGUCAAAAUCGAAAUCAUUCUACGCUGAAUAAUUACUUUAAAAAUUAUUCCUCUGAUAAGCAUAAUAAAUCUAUGAUCAAACCUGAUUUAUUUAAAACAAAUUUUCAUGAAAAUGAAUCAUACAACAGUAAUAAUAAUAAUAAUUCAUUAAUGAAUAUGAAGAAAUUUGAUGAAUUCCAUCAUUUCCCAUUGAUUUCAUCCUAUCCAACACCAAAUACCUCAUUCUUAAUGAAUCAAAUACAACCUAAUCUGAAUGCUACGACUAAUGCAAAUACUACUACUGUCGCUACUGCUAAUACAACAUUUGAUUCAUUGUUCAAUGAACAGUAUGAUAAAAUGAAUUUAACAUUGAAUCAAUUGAACACAUUUAACAAAAAUCAGUGUGUCCCACCUCACAAAGCAUUUGAAAAUAAUAAUAAUAAUAACACCAACAGUGCGACAACACAUAUAACCUAUCAGUUAAAUAAUUUUAUUGAAAAUCAUAUCAAUGAAUUUAAAGAUAAAAUUGAUAAGAAGAAAUUUAAUGUCAAUACACAUAAUACGGAUGAAGUUCCUUCAACAGAAAUGAAGCUAACAAAUAUGUCAGGUAGACUUCCUCAAUCAAAUUGGACAGACAUGAUAAACCCGUCAUCUGUUAUGAAAUAUGAUUCAAUACCUUUUGGAUCAUAUUAUGGUCAUCCUCAUCCUCAUCAUUAUAACCAAAGUAUGUCAUUGCCACAUUAUGCACAGGAGAAUUCUCAAGUCCCGUCGUAUAUCCAUGCACUGAAUUCAUCGAAUAGAACAUAUCCAGUUAAUCAAUUACCGAUGACAGAUUUUAUGAAUGCAUCAUCUUCUUGUUCUUCUUCUACAGUUUCUCCAGGGGAACAUACUUCAUUGUUAAUGCCAUCAGACACAACAACCACUGGAACGACAACAACAACGACUGAAACAAGGGCGACAGAAAUGCCAAUAACACCAUCAACAACAUCGAACUCACUUUAUACGCAAUUAUGUAAUUUUCCAAAUUCAAUACAUUUAUUAUCCCCAACACCCUUCAAUUCUAUAGAUCACAAUUCUGAAGUUGUUAGCAUAACUAAUAAUAAUAAUAUGCUAUCCCUUACGAAUAUAUUAAAUUCUAAAGAAUUUCUUUCACCUAAACUGAAUCGUAAUGAAAAUCAUGGUGAAGCCUCUUUACCGGCUUCAUUGUUAACUCCUAAUGAUACGGUGACUAGUACACUUGGUUACAUGCAAAAUUGUAAUAAUAAUAAUAAUAAACUAUCUUUUCAUACAAUAGACAAUAUUCACAACAGUACAGUAUCAGAGGCGACUACAAGGAUAACGACAAUGUUCACAUCAACUGCUUCGACAACAGCAGGUGUAACAUCACCACCAGUGUCAACGCUCAAUUCAUCAUUAUGGUCACCCCAAUUACAACAGUCAAUCCGUGUAGAUGAAAGUAAUUUAAGUAUAAAUUCUGGACAGACAAAGGAAACAACGACAACAACACCAACUACAGGUAGUACAUUUUGGCAAUCAACCAACUCCUCUUUAACAGUACCUAUUUCAUCCUCUAAUAAUAAUAAUAAUAACAGUAGUCGACAACGAAUAAUUCCCGACGACUUCAACACUUCUCCUACCCUUUGGUCAGACAACCAACUACUACAUGAUACAUAUAACAACAGUGAAUUAAAUCAUCAUAUAUUUUAUCAACCAUUGUAUAACUCUAUGAAUACAAUGCCUACACGAUAAGUAAGGCGAUAAACACAAGAUAUUUCUACAUGUAGUUAGUCUAGUUUCCCUUUUUUUCUGUAGAAUCAUGUGUAAUUUAUAAUUUAUAACUCACCGACUCAUUAUUCAGUUACUCACUCACGCACUCAAUCGUUCGCUCACUCGCCUUCUAGCUCACUCACAUUCAUAUUCGCAUUCACACACACACACAGACACACAAGUAAUUUAACUUAAUCCUAAUGUUCACAGUUUUAUCUCAAUUCAUUCAUUGCAUGUUUGCUUAUUUGAUAUAUUACUUAUCUUUUAAAUGUUCAGUAAUAACACUUAUGUAGGUAUGAAUUUAAUACAUUUGAAAAUAAUAAUGAUGAAUGGAUAAGUAAGAAUAAUUACUGAAAUCUCUUCAACCAAUUAAUUAAUUAAUCGAUCGAUUGAUUGAUCAAUAAUUAAUUAUAAAUACUGAUUUGACAAUGAUUUAAUUUUGUUGUAAAUAUAAAAGCUGACAUAGUUGC